CGCCGGCGGAAGCGGCGGGAAGCUCCAUGGCGGCUCUGGUGCGGGCCGUGGUGAGUGCCGCGAGCUGCCAGACGGGAGUAACUCAAUGGAUAGUAGCAUGCAGCGGAUUACUACAGACAACCACAAUCCAAGGCCAGUGUAGACAGAUGCUCUACAGUACUUUCCAGAGACACAAGCCUGGCCAGUUCCCACUAUCUGAAUCCUGUGGUGGAUUGAUUCAAGCCAGUGGAGCCAUUACACAACAAAGCAGAUCAUUCUCCAAUACACAUAAGCAUCUUUCUACAAAAGAUUCCAUGCAGCCAUCUGAAGAGAAAGUGGGCACUUUCACCAGGAUAAUAGAAGCAUUGGGUUUCACAGGACCACUGAAGUAUAACAGAUGGAAGGUUAAGGUGGCAGCUUUGCGCAUGUACACGUGCUGUGUGGAGAAAACUGACUAUGAGGAAUUUUUUAACAGGUGCCAAAUGCCUGACACUUUGAAUUCAUGGUUUCUAGUAGCCCAGCUUCAUGUCUGGAUGUGUCUGGUCCGAAUGAAGCAGGAGGGUCGCACAGGAAAAUACAUGUGUCGCUAUAUAGUUCACUGCAUGUGGGAGGAUGUGGAGCAGCGUGGUAAGGUGAUGGGGAUUAACUCUGUUGUUCUAAAGCAAGAUAUGAGAAGUAUGGUAGAAAAUUUCUAUGCAGCUCUGUUUGGAUAUGAUGAGGGAAUCUUGUCUGAUGAUCAUGUUCUGGCGGCAGCUCUUUGGAGAAACCUCUUUAACAAGAACUGUGAGGACCCUCGGCAUCUGGAGUUGCUUGUAGAGUACGUGCGCAAACAGGUGCAGCACCUGGAUGCGCUGAGCGGAGAGGACCUGCUGCUGACGGGUGAGGUGAGCUGGCGGCCGCUUGUGGAGACCAACGCCCGCAGCAUCCUCAAGCCCCUUUCCCCUGUUUAUAAUGACGAAGGACUCUGAGUGCCUGACAUCUCUAUCAGAUUGUCAGAUCAGCUUGGGAAGCAUGCUUGAAAUGGGACUGGGCUGAGGCUGUGAAGUCAGGAGGAAAAUCUGCUGUUGGAAAGGCAUUAUUUAAUUAGAUAUCCUACCCUUGGUGCCUCAGUACCAGACUGGACAGCCAUGCUUUUCUGACUGUUCACUUGCAAAUAAAUGCUAGUUCAUUUGAGAACGUCUGUCCGUUUUAUGGCACUGAGUAGUCCUUGCUGACAAACUGAAAGACCUGCCUUCUGUCUUUAGGAAACCAGGUAUUUUACCAUGACUUAGAAUUAUCCUAAGAAGACAUUUCUGUCUUCUUUAAGAAGACAGUUCUGUCCUUUGCCAUGUUUGGAAGCUGCUACCUAGAGGCACAGUAGUGUUUCUCUGCUCACUGAAUGGUUGUGAUGCAAGUCUGAGCUUUGCAUAUUAGAUGUUAAUGUAUUUUAAAAGCCUGAUAUCAAGAUGGAGUGUUCCAUUUUUGUUUUAGUGGAGUUAAGAGUUGCUUUAAAAGAUUCUGAAUGGUUUUCUGUGAAAACCCUUUUCAGGAACUCUCUGCUGUGUUGCACAAGGAUAGGAGGAUGCAAAGGAUAAUGCACAGUCCUAGUAAUCCUCUGUGACUCCAGCCAUCUUAAUGAAAAUAAAAUCCAAACCAGGGCUGAGCUGUCACUAAAAGCUCUUUAGAGUAAUUGGUAUUUCAGUCUGCCUUGCUGAUAUUUCCAUAUUCUUUUUAGAGUUGUGGUCUACAAAUUUCUUUAGGAAAAGAACAUGCCUGGUUUUGUCCAUGGUUCUCAAUGGGACUAUGCAAUCCUCCAUCCCAAGUCUGGUCCAGAGGGUUUCAGCAAGACCUAUCAACCCCAGUUGAUCUGGCUGUGCAGGCAGCUUAUGCCAGCGUAGUAAUUAUAGGAGCAAGAGCUCCAAUGACGAAAUGGGCAGGGGCUGAGGUACACUGAGUAGGUGGAUGGUUCACCAGGCUACUUCCAGGUCAGGGACAAAAGUUUUCAUUUCUCUCCUCUUUAAACCCCUAGUCAAUAAUAAAUGUCAGUCUGGGUAAAA